AUGGGCAGCACUACCGCUAUGAGAAAAAUGAGGACGAGCUUGAACUCCAUCACCAACGGUGGAGGAGGGUUGGGUGGUGCUGGUCCUUGGACUUUUGCUGCGAAUGGAGCUCGACAUCAAGGAUUUGUUGGACUUGCUGAUAGAAAUGACACAAAAGAUAUCAAUAGGGGAGAGGAUGAUUUGAUGGAUGAUGUGCUGGAAGCUGACGAUAAUGGAAGAAGUGGUGGUGAAGCAGUCAAGCCAAAAGCUGGUGGCAUUAGUCCGCAACUUGAUAAUAACGAAGAUCACUUCCUUUCUAUCCUAGUUUUUCUAGGGUUAGGGUUUCCCUCUUCAUCUCUAGAGUUUUACUAUCAUUUCUUUGAUUUUUCUACGCCAAAUCAAAGUGCGUUCCUGGUUCUCUUUACGUACUUAGCUUCUGUUAUGGAGGAAGGGUUAGCUGAGGCUUGUGCCCAGUUACGUUUAACUGAGGAUGAGCAAACUGCAAUAACACUUGAAGACGUUAUCGAUGACAACGCAUAG